CUUCAUGCAUUGGAGAUGUUUGCAGACGGAGUGGAUCUGAGUACAGACAGGUUCACCUCCAAGCGACAGGACGUGGCACUGCAGGCAGCUGACGUCAGUGUGCAGGAAUUUGAUCAGGGCCAAGGACUUGCCUUGUUUCUGAAUGGAAACAGUUCUAACAGCCUGAGUGAAGGCCGGCUGUUCAGCUUUACCAAGGAGGAUGAAAGAGAGGGCUUUUUACAGACUGCUGACAUUGAUGUCUCCAUCAGUCUGCCUGCCAAACUCUCGAACGUACUACCUUUAGACAACACAACAGACGUCCGAGUGAGCUACAUUCUGUACAACGACGACAGCCUGUUUGUUCAGCCUUCCCAGGAUGCCGUGCGAACCCACAUCAUUAGCGGUAGAGUUGCAGGGAUGCAGGUGAAGAACCUACCAGAGCCAGUUGUCAUCACCUUUGCACCCACAGAGGAAGUUUCUGAUGAAGAAGUUAAAGUGGUGAGAUGUGUUUUCUGGGACUUUGAGGCUGAUGCAGGACAAGGGGCGUGGUCAUCAGAUGGGUGUAUGAGUCAGGGCAAGGCCAACGGACGGUACACGUGCACCUGUAACCACCUCACUAACUUCGCUGUGCUCUUCGAUGUGCAUGGUUCAGGGUUUGGAGAGCACGAAAGACUACUAGAAGCCAUCACUUAUGUGGGCAGUAUAGUGUCCAUUAUUACCCUGGUCCUCACUCUACUAUCUUUCAUCAUUACAAGGAAGCAAAGACAAAGUGCCCGCAGUCCUCAUGCCAGGAACCAGCGCCUGGUCCUGAUCAACCUCUGCGUGGCUUUGCUGGCCAUUCUAAUCACAUUUUUAGCAGGCAUCGACCAAACGGCAUCUCCCAUUGGUUGCACUGCUGUAGCAGCUUUGUUACACUAUUUCCUAUUGGCUGCGUUAAUGUGGAUGGCAGUUGAGGCUGUAAUGAUCUUUCUGGCUGCCGUGAUGGUUUUUGGCCACUAUGUGUCUGAGAGUUUUAUCUACAAGGCUGUAGUUGUAGCUUGGGGUAAGCAGACCAUUUUAAUACCCAACUGCCGUUAA